CCCUAAGGCUUCCUGCAGAGAUCACACUUCCUCACCGGAAUCAUCCUGCGCCUACCAUAUACGCACCCUCUGGGUCUUAUCUCUUUCGUGAAAUGUUGCCCGCAUCAAGAACGUUGCAGCCCUCGCCUUCUAGUUCAGCAUCGUCACGAACAGCAGAUCCGCGUCCUUACUUACCCCGAGCCCGACCACUCUCCGUUGACAGAAGUCUCCCAAAACUAGCCAAGGAGGACCCCGGGACCUACGCUCUCUUUAUAGAGGGGGCGACGCUAUUGGCUUGGAAUAUUUCAUGGCUUUGCCGAACUCAAGGACUCCAUAUAACGUCAGAUUCUUGGGAGGAGAUUUGCAGCAUUGGAAAACAUAUGUGGCAGCUACUUGUUGCGCCUCCCGCACAAACAUCAACACUCGUUCGAGCAUUCGCCGGUCGAGACAUACAACCAAAGGUGAAGAUUACGAAAGACUCACCCAAAACAAUCAUCCAGCGGACAAAGUCAUUCCCAAUGUUAGGCCACUACUCCCAUGGUACUGUGCAUUCUUUCCUCGCUGCUUCGGAGGGUACGGAGUUCACGCGUACAUGGAGGCUUCCAACUCCGACUAAAGUUGCAGACAAAUUAAAGUCAAGCUUAUUAGGUGAAAUGGCCAGUGCGGAAUGGGAAGUUUUGGAGAAGAAGGAAUGGGAUAGCAUACCUGAGGCACCACUGCAACCUGUUCAUGCAUCCUCAGUCAAUCGGAAUGGUGAGAAGGGUGAAUUAGAUAUGUCAAACAUGGAACCAUCGGAAAACAUUCCUACUAGUCCAGGGUUUCCAAAUGAGCCUAUAAGCUCUAAUCGGCUCAAAGGGACCAGUGGUUGGACUAAGCUGAGAAACAGGUAGUUUCUAGUAGUAAAGCCACCCGACUGCACAUACACCAGAAUGGGCUAGUAUCGCUUUCCAGCAAUGCAAUUUCAC